GAAAUUGAGGAUCGAAAAUUGUCAAAAGCAAAAUUUUGUUUUUCGUGACGUCACACUUGGGUACUCUAUUAGAAAGAUAUAACUAGCUAAAAACUAGUGUGAGCUGCGUCGGUGUUUCUAUUAGAAGUCAUUCAGUUGCAACAUGACGUACAGUGUCCGUGCAAUACGUCAGUAACCUGAAGUUAAUCUCGUCAUUUCCUAAUGACUGAAGUCAUCACCAAGUAAGGCUCAUCAAAAAUAUUUGCUUGUCGACUCAAUGUUAGACAUGGCGUUCCUUCUUUGUAUUCUCUUGUUGACUGUAUUUGCUUCUAUUCACUGCGAAGAAAGGACUUUUAACAUCACACGAACUCUAGCUUUCUAUAAAGGUGAUAAAUUUAUAAUUCCGUCAUCGAUGUGUGACCGAACGUCUUCUCAGUCAGAUUGUCAAAGAUUUCACAUGAGAGCAUUUAUUAUUGCAAGGAAAUGUGAAUGUUAUUGUCCUUACGAUGCGAGUACUUUUGGUUUUGACGCUGGAUCCUGGAAUUGCCAGAAAAACACUGAAUUCAGAACGCACGCAGGGUGCACGUACAAGUUCCGAUCCGAGCAUGAUAGUUUUCCCAUUCAAGUGUGGAAAACACUACGGCAGCAACCACAAUUUAUAGUGAGUCUACCCUCGUAUUCCUGUAAGAUUGACAUCGCAUCAUCAAGAUACUUGAAUUGUGAUAGUUCUUGGUCCACAUUGGGUUUAAACGAGAACUCUGAUGUUUUUCAACUACUACGACUUCCACGAAACGACAAUGAACCUCACUGGGAUUACGAGCUUAAGAUCACGAAAAAUGCUGUGUUGCCAGGACGAGUUGUAAAAUUACAGCUUAAUUGUAAUUCUGCGUCGAAAUCAUCUUGCGUUCUUUUCAAGAUYGCUGGAAAAAUAUCAUGUCCUGUGGAUCCAACCAAAAAGCCAAAUGUGUCUGGUGGUCAAAGUGGAGCAUCAUCAGGGACUGUAGCAGCUAUUGUCAUCAUCAUCAUCCUUGUGAUCAUAGUGGCUGUCAUCGUUGCUUUCAUAAUUAGGAAAAGAAAAAGAGGUGAAAAUGUGUGGCUGAUGGAUCGAAUAUCAAGUAUUGCUACAAAAGUUCGGGACCGAUCGUCAUCAAAAGCUAAGGAAGAAGUACAGCAGCAGGAACAAAUCUAUGCAGAAAUAACGGACCAACCAGUACAGCCACCAACAGACAGUCAAAGUAGUGUACCUGAAGAAGCAUCAACACAAACGAGGACACCGUUAACGAGGACAGUCAUUCUGCUUUCUGGAAGAAGUAUGUUACCAGAAGAAUCAACAGACGAUGACGGGUACGCAGAGCCUCCUGAUUCACCUGUAUAUAACGAACUCGAAGAUACUAAUGAACAAAGCACUGAUAAUGAUGGUGGGACAGAGAAACUUGACAGCUAUAGUCAGCAAGAAGGCUCAAGGGGAGUUGCGGGURGCGAUGUUACCAGCUCUGUAUCAGUACCUGGAAGUUCAAAUGUAGUGGAUAAAAGAUACGCCGCCAAUCAGAGACGAAAACCACCCAGCCCACCACAGAAGGGAAAUGACACGAAGGAAAGGGGACUUAAUGUAAAUGAUGGCACUGAUGUGAAGGAAGAUGGUGAAGAAGGAAAUAAUAAGAACCAUGACUAUGAACCUCUAAGGGAUGACAAUAGGGAUGUGUAUCAACCGCUAGACAGGAAUACCAUGAAUAAUAGAUGAGAUACUCAUAGAGAAGAACUAGCUCAAAGGCUUUGCUUUAUCUAAGAUAUAAUAUCAAGUAGAGUGCUAACAGUUAAUCCGUGAAACACUAAUUACUAAAUAGUACAAAAUAGUGCUAAUUAAACAAUAGAAAACAAUGGAAUUUGCAUGAAAUUGUGCUAUUAGUAUUACUAAAGUUUCACAGUUAUGUUGUUUGCACUCUAAUAAAACAUUGUAGUGAACACUAUAAGGUAGACUAAUUUCCGGUUAGUCUCCUUGCUUCAUAGCUAUUCCGCUAUGGUCACAAUGACGUGGCAUCUAUAUUGGUGUACACAACAAGAGAAGUUAGCUGAAAAUAAACUGUUAACUAUACGCCAAAA